AUGGCAUUCGCGCGAGGAAUUGGAACAUGUAUAGGACAGAAGCUACGACAACAAGGAGCUCGUCUAGCAAUCCUAUAUGCUCCAUUCGAAGCCUCACGCCGAGACCAACUACUCGAAACAGGUUACGGCCAUGGUAGUAGUAAAGACCUCGAUGACAUCCGCGCUUAUGAAUGUGAUAUCACCUCUCCAGAAUCCGUUCAAUCCGUAUUCGACGCUCUCCAAAAAAAUACAGUAACGCCGACUUCGUCAUCUCUCGCCGAGUGGGCGUUCCCAAGUAUCCUGAUCAAUACAGCCGGAUAUGUAUCUCUAAGUGAUAUGGAGAUCACACCUCCAGAGGAAACAAUCAAACAUCUCACAACUAAUAUCUUCGGACCGAUGCUUUGUUCCCAAGCAUUUGCGCGACUUUAUUUCGCUGCUUCGAAGCUUGCGGAAUCCUCGACCAGCCCGCCUCCGCCUGGUAGGAUCGUGAAUAUUUCUUCGCAAGCUGCGCAUGCGGCUCUGCACCGACAUGGUGCGUACUGUGCCUCGAAGGCUGGGUUGCUGGGUUUGACGAGGAGUAUGGCGUCUGAGUGGGCAGGUCGGGGGAUUACGUCGAAUUCUGUGUCUCCGACUGUUGCGUGGACGGCGUUGGGGAAGAAGGCGUGGGGUGAGCAGUCGGUUAGAGAGGCUUUUCUGAAGACUAUUCCUACUGGCAAGUUUGCGUUGCCGGAGGAAGUUGCGGAUGCUGUGCUUUUCCUUUGUCAGGAUUCCAGUGGGAUGAUUAAUGGCGCGGAUAUUCGGGUUGAUGGGGGGGUUCACUGUUCGAUAAUCGUGAGAUUGUGUCAGAGUGAUCAAUGA